AUGGCCGUAGCUGAGACGGCCUUGCCCUCCAUCAACAUGCUGACCACCCUGGGCCCCUUCCUGGACACACACGAGGACUUCCUAAAAUGGUGGCGCUCUGAGGAGGAGCAGGACCUGGGCCCGGGACCCCCUGGUCCCACGGGGUUGCCCCUCAGCGUAAAGCCGGAGUCGGAAGAAGUACCGGAGGAGGACAGGGACGAUGAGAGGGAAGAAGCUGUCCCCUGGGACCUGGAUCUCCUCCUCAACAACUUCCCUGGUUCGGAGCCAGGCGGCGAGGCUCAGAACGGGGCUCUGGCGCCCAGCGAGGGCUCCGGGGGGCAAUACCCUUCACUGCCUGAAACUCUGGGCGCAUACACCAGCAACCCUGGGCUUGUGACCGGGCUCUUGAGUCCAGAGGAGCACCCCAGCUGGGUGCGCCCAGCCUUCCGAGCUCCGGCCCCCGACGCCUUUGCGAGCUCGGCUCUGGUCCCGACUUCCGAGCCCAAGGCGCUGCCAUUGCAGCCAGUGUACCCCGGGACAGGCGCGGCGUCCUCAGCUAGCUACUUCCCGCGGACAGGGUUUUCAGUGCCCGCGGCGUCAGGUGCCCCCUACGGGUUGCUAUCCGGGUACCCAGCUCUGUACCCAGUGCCGCAGUACCAAGGUCAUUUCCAGCUCUACCGCGGGCUUUCAGCGCCCGCUCCUGGCCCCACCGCGCCCCCUGCCUUCCUGAGUUGUCUGGGACCGGGGACAGCGGGUGCCGGGCUAGGGGGCACUGCAGGCGACCCAGGAGGGAUCAGGGAAUCCACACCAAGCAAGCGCAGCCGGCGCUCGUGGGCGCGCAAGAGACAAGCGGCGCACACGUGCGCGCACCCAGGCUGCGGCAAGAGCUACACCAAGAGCUCCCAUCUGAAGGCGCAUCUGCGCACGCACACGGGAGAGAAACCAUACGCCUGCACUUGGGACGGCUGCGGAUGGAGGUUCGCGCGCUCCGACGAGCUGACCCGCCACUAUCGCAAACAUACCGGGCAGCGGCCCUUCCGCUGCCAGCUCUGCCCGCGAGCAUUUUCACGCUCCGACCACCUAGCCCUGCACAUGAAGCGCCACCUUUGA